GACAUGCCAGUAGAGGGAAUAAGGGAAAGCGAUUGAAAGCAUUUCCGGAGUGCCUACUGUCUGCGGAGCAGACUAAGUGCUUAGGAGAAUAAAAGCGAGUUAGAAGACAUUACCCCUGCCAUUGAAGAGCUUACAGUCUUGCUGGGGGAGACAGACACUUUAAUAGAGCAUUUAAGGGGCCUGCUGACUUAAGGAACACUGGGGGAAGCUUACUCACUAAUUCCAGCCUCAAAGGAAAGGAUGGAUCCUGCUACAGAGAGGCUUCCAGGGGCCCAGCUGUGACGGACACUAGUGCAGUAUGUUCAGUGUGGAGGACCUUCUGAUUUCUCAUGGAUACAAAUUGUCAAGAAAAUCCCCAGCCCCACAUGAAGGUAGAUGCGAUGGGUACCGGCAUGAAUUCACGGAGGAGAGAGUGGGUCAUGAAACUGUAAACGGACAUGAAACAGACUCCAGAGCUUUUGUGGACAUUAAGAAAUCGCUAGGAAGGGAAUACUUGAGUGGUGGUGAAAGUCGUCGGGGGAACCCGGAGAAGCACAGGAAUCUUCAAGGCUCACCCGCAGUUUGGGCUUCUGAAGAGGGGUUUUGUGACCAAGCUCCACUAGGAUGGUCUUCCCGGCCCAAGACGGACAAAGAUCUUGCCCACUGGAGAAGAAAAGGACAAGACUUCACAGUUUUGCUGGGUUACACUGACAAAGGAAACCUGGAAACAGCAGGGAUGUCCCAGCCCCGAGGUGGCAACAGAAAUGUGAGAGAGGGUCAGUGGCAGGUAGGAGCAAGAAGAACAGAGAUGGGGAUGCAGAAGAGUGUUUUGGAAGAGAGCUGGAAAAUGCCGGGGGAUGCUAGGUGGCAGAAUCUUAAUGUGGAAAGCUGGAGUGAGCCUGGAAAACUGGGGAGGCAGAUGUCUGAAGGUGACGGGCAAAGGCUGCUUCGAGAGUUGUACUCAGCCACCCAGGGAGAAAGUGCACUUAGUUCUCAGAACAAAGGCAAGUCACAGUCACUCCCCAGAGUCCUUUCUCCUGAGGUCCUGCGCUUUGGGGAGAUGCCAGCUUAUCCCCAUAGUAAUAGUUCACAUUUGGAAUUCAGCAAACCCCCCGAGAGGGGUACCCCUGGUAUCACCCCUGUGAUGCCAUUGACGAAGCCCAAAUAUGGCAGACCCAUCAAACCUCCGUCCUACGAACUGCACCGACAGAACAGGGGGGCUGUGGAGGCCUGUGGGUAUCAGGAUCACCAUCAGAAAGACCAACCCGCUGCUCAUCUGACCAAAGUUAGUGAGUCGUGGCAAGACCUUCCCCCUCAGGACUCCGGUUUGGAGCCUCCGGUGUACAUCCCUCCUCCAUCUUACAAGUCCCCGCCCCAGCCAAACUCCCACCCCCGCUUCUCGAACGAAGUGCCUCCUCACUCCCUUGGGGGUCGUGUUCCACAGCAGCAUUCCGGGGAGAGGACCAACCCCAGCCGGCAACAGCCUUCUUCUGGGAGCUUCGGGGCUGGAGAUGGAUUCUCUGCAGACCCCCACCCACUCCGGGGAAACCCCAGUCACCUCCAGCAUGUAAACCCCCCUGACAGCUCUGUCCAGUACAUCCCCUUCGACGAUCCCCGGAUCCGGCAUAUUCAACUAGCAUAUCCCCAGAGGCUUCCCGAAGACACCAGGCCGUUUGGAAACUCAGGGAGGACAGUGCCCGCUGCCUUCCUGGAGCCACCCCUCCAGGAGACCCAGCCCGAUGGUGGCCCUCCAUCACCCAGGCCAGGGGGUGAGAGGGGCCUCAGAAAUUCAGCCCCCAGCCAUAGGCGGCCGGCGCCAGCAACACCACCCAGGGGUUCAGAGAGCCAUGCCUUGCUGGACCAAAGAGACAGCUGUGGCUUGAGGGAGCAGCGGCCCUGGAGGGGACCCAGUCAGGAGAGCCUCAGGGGUCAGAUUCCCUCCCAGGGGGAUGGUACCUGUGAAACCGUAGCCAAGCUCAAGAAGUUUGAACUUGGAACUGGGACUCAAAUCAAAAAAAGUGCAAAGAAAAAACCCAACGAGACCAUAUUUUGUUUGGUUUCUAUCCCAGUUCCAUCAGAGCCCCUUCUGCCAGAUACAGAUAGGAACAACAAUGACUUAAAACAGAGUGUUGACCUAGAGAACGGAUUUGAUAAGAGCAGAGUUCUGCAAGAACAAGGCCUCUUAAGCCUGUCUUCUACUGACCUGGAGUUGCAAGCGCUUACAGGAAGCAUGGCUAGCACGAUCAGAUUCCAAAAGCAGGAACCGGGGAGAACGGCAGAGUACAAACAAACAAAUGACCUCAGUGACAGUCGGGCUACAAAACACAGAGAACUCAGAUAUUCAGGCUCCUGGCCUGGGGACCAAUACAGAGAUCAGCAGACCCAAACCAGUUUCCCAGAAGAACCCCCAAACGCUCAGCCUCCGCCUGAUGCCAAACCCGGGGGGACGAGUAAUGGCCUUCCCUCUUCCACACCUUUGGCCCCCGCUACUUCUGAAAAACAGGGGCAGCGGGGGUUACCCCCCGGUGACCGGAAAUGGCGGCCUCAGGGAUCUAAUCCAAAAGGUCAAGGGUAUCUCACUCCAUCCAGCAACAGCGCAUUCUCAAGCACUUCCCCACCCUCCGUUUCAGGGCCUGCCCCCAAAACAUACCAGGUCCAGCCGAAUGGAUCCUGCAGAGACGCCCGGGAUAGAACCGCUAGCCCAGGGCCCAAGCGUGAAGUGGUCAAGGGAGAAGAGCAUCCCACGCGCAGUAGUAAAGAACUGUUUGGGCAGUUUCUCUUGAAGCCCGUGAGCCGUCGUCCCUGGGACGCUAUAAGCCAAUUAGAAAGUUUUAACAAGGAGCUUCAGAGUCAGGAAGAAAGCACCGGCGGCAGCAGUAGCGGCAGCAGCAGCAGGAGGAACAGCAGCAGCAGUAACGGCGAGAGUACGGAAAGAGACAGGAAGGAGCCAAAGGACGGGGCCCACACCGGAUGGGGCACCAUUCUGCCCGAUGGACCCAAGCAGGAAGCUAGAGCGGGGCAGCCGCCCAGGAUGGUGGGAGCAGGGGGCCCCGUAUUUAAACCGGGAAGAGUUAAAAGCAAGUCCGAGAGCUGGAGUGUGGAAUUGAAGCCCGAUUACGCAGACACCCAUCCUCUGACCCAAAGCCCCUUGCAGGCAAAGGCUAGCUGGAGUGAAUCAGGAAGGCCCGAAGGUGGGAGUGGGGUAACAAAGCAGAGAACCCAGGAAAUUGAGAAGAACUCAGACAGGCAGCUUGGCAGCCCAGGCCAAGAGAAAAGAGUGAUUUCAACGCGUUUGUGUCCGGCAUUUGCGACGCCCCCUCUCUAUCGGUCCCCCUCUCUAUUGGGAAGGAAGGCUCAGGAAACUAGAUGUGCGGAUGUGUUAAAGUUUGUUAGACCGAACAAAGUGGCCACCCCACCGAGAAGUGACACGGCGGAAGAAAGAGGUUCUGUGGUGCGCCUGUUUGUGGGCAACAAAAAUCAGGGUAUCUCUGAGCCAGAUUUGAGGACUGUGGGCCUUAGUUCCGGCCUAAGCCACACUGCCAGCCAGCUGGAUGACUUUUUGGAAAACUUAAGUGCAAUAGAAAUCCCUCAGCACGAGUCCCUCCAGGUGCGGGCGGCGAGGAUUCUGGGCAUCGAGGUAGCCGUGGAGUCUCUCAUUCCCGGAGACCGGAGGACCGGACCGAGUCAGCCCCACAGCCAUGGAGGGAGUGCCUCUGAUGUGGAGAGGCCGGUGGUGAGUGUGUCCUGUCACUCUGCGCGGGCAGAUGCUGUGAGAUCGCCCCGAGACGCUCACGACAGCCGGAGGAAGUGUGGCUGGACCGAGAGCCCUCUGUUCGUCGGGGAGAGAGACACCUGCUCUGGGAGAGUCACCAACGACUCUGGACAUCGGGGCCCGAGCCGGGACACCUCCCCUCGUCCUCGCGUCCCCGAGGCCGAGCCGCCUUCCCCCGUCCUGGACCAAAAGGAGCUGGAAGCAAACCAGCUGUGUAGGUCCUCUUUGCUUCACGUUGUGGAGAGGACCACGGGGCUCCCUGGUGCCGAGAAGAGAUUCAGGAGCGCCUCCAAGGUGAUUGAAACCUUGCAGGGCAAACUGGCUUCCCCGCCCAGCCGGAUGGUCAUGGACCGCUUGGUGCGAAUGAAGGAGGUCGACUCGGUCUCCCGCAUGAGACGCCUGAGCAGCAAGAGCACUGACUCGGGGGAAGAGGCUGAAGAGGGCAAGCCUCCGAAGGGGCAGGGGGAGCGACGUGGGAGCCAAGGCCCCCCCAGCGGCCCCGACUUGGCGCCCAAGCCGGGGCCCGUGGGGGCAGUUUCCACACGUGUCCUAGCCCUGGGCAAGAACGGCCCCCUGACGACGGGGGGUGUGGAGGAGAAGGUCGGCAGAGAUACCUUUGGCCUGGAUACGUAUGAUCCUAGCAGAGUCGAAAGGGUGUAAAAUAGAAUGCCCGUGAAAAAUCAAGAGAAAGCCAGCCAGCUAGUGAAGAGAGUUCUCUGGUUUGAGGUUUUCUGAACUGACUGCUCAGUGCUAAAAUCUGGAAAUUGGUACCACUCAUGGUGUUUAUGAUGUACUGAUAAAAGCCUUUACCACUGCCAAUAGGAAAUUUGUCUUUCAUACAGAACUGCUUUUCAGAGAGAACUAAAAUCUUCCUUGGAAACCAUCUGUUGGAAUAGCAUUAAGAUCUAAUGCCUACAUUUGGCAAGGAACGAUCAUAUAAACUGUGUUUUAAUGGUGUUCAUCUGGGGUGGUAAACUGGCUGGGGCGUCUGCCUUUUAAGCUUGUUGCUCUAUGUAAAAGCGUAAACUUGGGAGAUCAGCAAAAUGAUUUUGAAAAGAAUGUGAAUUCCUAAGCUCCCCUUUUGAAUAACUCUAAAACCCAAACUUUUGUGUUUAUUAUAAAAUAUCUUGAACAAAUGUCAUUGCCUGGAGUGUUUCUGCACUUUUGAGUUUGGGGGGAAUGUGGAAUCAAUGAAAAGACUGAUCUUUUUGUAAUCAAUUUGGCCUUCUGCUAGUGGAAAUAACUUUAACUAAACUGCAUGGUUAACUUGCCACAAGUGGACAAUUAAAAAAAAGAAAACUUACACAAUUCUAAAUGAAGAAGACCUGUACUACGUUGUACUAAUUAUUGUUGGGCAAUGAACCAUUUUGGUCGGUUGCAAACAAUACCAUUGGCCAUUUUGCACUCAGUAUUAUCUAUUUUUUAUUUUCCAUUUUGAUGUUUAGAAAUUCUUUAUAUGGAAAUAUAAUUGCUGGUAUAUUGUAGCCCAUUUUAACAAAGUAACUAUAUUGCUUUUUUUUUUUUUUUUACAAAAAAAUAAUAUUUUUCUAUGAUGUAAGCAAUUGUGGGGUGGCAGAUUUUUUUCAAAAAGUAUUAUAUUUAAAAUAAUCUGGAUCCGUUCGUGUAGUACUGUAAGGAGGUUCAUGUUUUACUGCAUUUGCUAUGUCUCAGUGGUAUUCAAUACUGCCUCUAAUAUUUUUGUGGAAAAAGAUGCCCCGCUCUCUCUCUCUAUAUAUUACUGGGUUAACUUUUUAAAAAUAAACGUUUUGUAUUUGUAGCUGUUGGGAUUCUUGAAAGCCACCCUUUCAAGAAUGCAGGCUGAAAUCCUGUAGGUUCCACUAUUUUGCUGUCUUGUCAAGUUCUGACUGGGUGAACGCAGAGCCCUGAGAAUGUGCCUUUUCCCGUCUCAUAAAGAGACGUAUUUUACCUGGUAUGACUUUGAGGUAGCCUCCAUGAAAGAUACUGCUUUGCAGCACUAAAUCUAUGGUAUUUCAAAAGACAGUUAUAAGGCCUGUACAUUCUGUUUAUUGCGCUAACCUGCACACUAUGUAUUUUUAUGCUUAAAUGUCCAUUUUUUUAUUUGUAAAUGUUCUUACUUGCUACCAUUCCAUCCGAGUGCUUCUUGCCUCCCCUUCCCUUUCUUCUGUUUUGUGAAGUUACCAUAUCUCUUUGUUAAAGCGAUUCAACAUUCUGAAAUAUUAAUUGUUGGGUGGUCUGUAAUUUGGCCCCAAACUUGACUUAUUAUGCUUUGGCAGCAGUUUUUUUUUUUAUCUGUAACAUAUGAUUUUUGUUCCACAAGAACUUCAUGUAUUUACAGUUGUUCGUUAAAAAAGAAACAGGAUCCACUAGGAUAAUUAAUUCUGAAAACUCUCUUUAGAUACACUAUGUACAAACUUCUUUUAAAGUUUGGCUCUUUAGCUGAAAAGUUAUAACCGCAUUCCAGGUUCACAUCAGCAGUAAUCUGGUCCAAGUCACUGCUGGGAAUGACCCUGGACUUAUUUUUCCCAAAGUUUAGUGGGGAAUAGGUCCUCCAGACUUCCGUCAUUGGUGAACCACUCAUAGGAAUGGCAGGUGGAGUCAAACUGCAGAACUGAGCCAACUGCCAGUUGUUUUGGGGGCUCCCUCUCUCUCCCUAAAAUUCAGACAGUGAUCCAGGUAAUUUCUUGUCUCUGGUAGAUUGUAAGCUCCUUGAAGGCAGGAAUCAUGCCUACUGGCUCUCCCAAGAGCUUAAUACAGUGCCCUCGCACUGGAAGUGCUGAGGAAAUACCAUCGAUGGAUUGAUUUUAGGAGCACUUGAAGGUAUUCAGGUAGGAAACAUUGCUUUAGAAUUUGGAAAAGUAUGGAAAAAGGCAAGAUUUUCUUCACAUAAGUCUUAUUUCUGCCCACACGGAACAGAGGUGGUGUCUGUCAUGAGAGCACAUAAGGGAGUGGAAGAAGAAAAAUGAAUUGAGUAUGUUGGAAUGGGAUUGUAGGGUGGGGUUUUGAGUCAUGUUAGUAAUGUUGUAGUAGUAACAGUUGCAUUUAUUGCGUAGCUACUUGGUGCCGUGCACUGUACUAGUCAAUUGGGAAGUACAGCGUACCGGAGUGACGUGUUCCCUGCCCCCAAGGAGCUUACACUCUUAACAGGAGAGACACAUAAAAUAUAACUGCAUUAAUCAAUAGUAGAAUUGGUUAUCAGUAAUAAUUUAUUUUCCCAUCCAGCAUAGCUCCCAUUGGAGCCCAGGUGUUUAUUUGGUGAUUAAAAUAAAGUAAUACUCUCCCCCUCCACCACUCCCCAGCACACGUACACACCUUCAUUACUUUCCCAUACUAUUUUCCUGAGAAGUCUAGUUUUUAAUAUGGCACCAUUGAGGGUCUGUUGGACUUCCAUGGCUAAAAUAGAAGCCCAUUUCUGAAGAAUUGAGCCGAAAGAUGGUUUCAAAUGACUUAUAGCUGAAAUGCAAAUAUUUAGUUCACUCUUCACUCCCCAUCUCAAGUUACUUAGGAAGGGGUGUGGGGUAGCACCAGUUUCCUUUGUUUAUGGAAGUAAAUACUUGUCUGUUCAAGAGGUAAAUAUAAUCAGAUUACCAUCCUCAACACCCUCUCCACCUCUUCCUCCGGGCCAAAUUCUGCAAAGGCUGAAGUUGACCCUCUGAUCCCUCCUUCCCUGUUUCACCAUCAUCUCUGCUUUUCACCCUCUGAUCUGGGCUCUUCUCUUCCAAUCUAAGGCUCCUGUUCAUAGCAGAACCGCCGGUCCUGUCACCUGUUUUGGGUGGAAUUUCGGUGGUCGGAAGACCCCAGCCAAGAAGGAGCAUCACUUUUCAUGACUUUGAUUGCUCAGAUUCAGAAUGUAGCUAAAUGUACCGUUCUGAAUCCUCUGAGGCCUUACCUUUUUCAGAUGACAAAACCCACCCAUCCGGGCAACUUCUUAGCCAAGAGCUUCUGUGCAUGGAUGAGAUAGGGAGGACUCAAUGACCCCCUCUGAGCGCCGACUUUGAGCAGGGGGAGAAACCUAGGUGGGCUAAAAUGCCCCAAAGCCUUCAGCACCCUUGGAAGAUUGUAUGCAUUUUGGCUCAAUGCAUUCAGAACGAUCAAGAAAUAACAAAUUAGAUGUCAGGUUUGGGUGUGCCUUAGAACGUGAGCAGUGUGGCAGGAUUAUUUUCAGGUCUCUGUUAGUGUGUGAGGAGUCACUUCGGGCUUUCUAUACCGGCAAGGGGAAAGAAGGUUUUUAUCUGGGGCCCUUGUUCUGCUGACGCCAGGGCAAAGAAACUUCUGUGCGUGGGAGACAGCUUGGGGGCUGCUGGGGCGGGAAAUUGUUUGUUUGAGCUGUGGAUUCUGUACAGCUGUUUGUGGGUGGCGGGUUGCUCUCCAGCACUCAGCUUGGGAAGCAUUAUUCUGAGUGGCAUUUCAGGAUCUGCACGUGGGAGGCCCCCACGGUGGUGGAGGGGGGCUAGCUCAGGGCUCAUCAGACCUUGGAGGGAGGCUAGGAGAGGGGCAGAGAUGGGACAUGAGAUGCUAAAGUAACAGGGAAAGGAAAAAUACCACCUGUGAGCAUCUGACAUUGUCUCCUUUCAGCCCUAGCUUCUUCUAGGGGAGAUGGGAUUGUCCUGUCUGGAGGAAAAAGGCCAUCCAUACUGGUUCAUGGUUUUGACUUCACCUAGUUGGAUCAUCGAUGUGGCUGUCUGUGGCACUUGUGUGUGCGGAGGCCAAAUUUAUUUCCUCACCUCUCUUAGAGGACAAAUACAACCUGAGCUUGAGUUGAGACUUUCCACCUGAAGCACAGCCCUGAUUGGGAUCAUCCUGGUCCCGGCAUGGAAGCCUAGUCUGCUGCCACCCUAUCUCUCUCCCUGGGUGGAUCCUUCACUAUUUGGGGUGGGAGUGGAGGGGCAGAGAGGCCAGGUGAAGGGAGAACACAAGUUCAAGUUGAGCCACAUAUGGCAGAAAUUAGAAAUCAGAGUGAAACAUCCCAGCUGGGGGAAAUGGCAGUAAUGUACAGAUUAUAAAAUAAAUGAGGUACUUCCCACCCUGGACAGCAAACAUUCCAGCCAUCUCACCCAAGCCUGUCAAAGAAAAUAACCAGAAACAUCCCCAAAGCAAUUUCUAAGAUGCCGUGAAGACGAGACUUUUUUCCAACUAAGGAUAGUUUGCCUCUGCACAUGUGUGCCUCGGUCCAUGGUAACGGAGAACAGGGAGAGUCCCCGCGGAAAGCUGCAGUGUGUCCUGGACCAUUUCCAGGUGUGGGUCAGACAGGGGGCCAGAGGAAGAAUUCUUAGGAGUAAAGAGAGGAGAAAGGGAGUGGGUGAGAAGGAAAUGGAGAAAGCAAAUACAAUAAUGUUUGUAAACGAUAAUGGGAUGAAUGUCUUCUCGAAGCAUUUUGUAUUUCUGCACAAUGUAAAUACAAUGUCAGCUCUCACUUUAAGGGCACUGAGCCCUGUUCAGAAUGCACAUGUUCCGAAUAAAGAUUUUUGCAUGAA